UGAAAAUAAAUCAUUGUGUCUGAUUAUCUUAAUAAUUAUGCGAAUUUAUGAUUUCUAAUUAUACUUACGUAUGUUCCUCAUUUACUCAUUUCUAUAUAGAACAUUUUCUCUCUUCUAUCUGUUAACUGACCAUUACAUUUCUCUUGAUCUUUUAAUACAGGCUCUUCCGCUUGAUCAAUUAAACCAAGUACAAAAUGCUCUUAAGCCUAAUGACAGGUCUCAAACAAACUCACAAGGAAAUAAUAGCAAUAAUGGCAGUGACGAAAAUCACAGUAAUAAUGACAACAGUGGCAGCCAAGAUUUGUCCCAUGUUGUGGACGAAAGCUCUAAAAUUGUCGAUGAUUUGCACAACAAACUCGAUAAACUGGAAGAAGAUGCCUCGAAGGCAAAGAAUAUCAUUAAACACAAAGUAGAGGGCAUCAUCAAGAAUGUUACCAAUGCGCUUGACAACCUGGAGAAUAAAAUAAAUAAUACCUUGAAACACGUUAACGAAAAGACUUCCGACAUCGUAAACCACGUGAGGAAUGUUACAGAAGAAAGAGUACAGGAAUUCAUAAAUAAAACAGCCCAAGCUGUGGCACAAGCGAGACAUACUGCUGAAGAUAUUGAAGAAAAGACUACUGAGAUUUUGAACAAAACAUUGUCCGAGUUAAGGAAAGAGGCUCACAAUCUUUUGAACAAUAUCAAAGAAUUUGUUCAUGAUACAAUUAAUGAAACUGAAAACCAAAUUUACGAUGUCCUCAAUAAUAUUGGAAAUACCACAAGACAAACGUUGAGAAAUGCUAUACAUAUGAAUGCUCGCAUUGCGGAAGAUCUGUGCGAUAUAAUUUACGAUAUUUCGGAAGAUUCUAGACCUCUGUUAGGCACUGUAAUGAAUAAUGCUCAAAAUAUUGUCGGUGCCAUCAUUAAUAACACUAACGAUGUUGUUGAACAAACAGUUAAUAAUGUUAAAAGUAUUGCUUCUGGCAUUUUCCAUGAUGUCCAUUAUGUCGUAAAAUUUGGAAUAGAUAAUAUGAGGGAUAAUAUAAAAAACGCAUUCAACGUUGCACACCAUAUCCAUGGCAAUGUUCAAGACACUAUUGCUCACAUUAUAAAUGACUCAGAGGACAGAGCAUCCCAUGGUUUUAAGGUAAAUUUAAUACAUUUUUAAUAUCAAAACAUUCAAUGUAUUAUGUAUUUCUAUAUCUUAUGUUACAAAAUAUUUCAUUUUUACUUCUGUAAUUAUUCUUUAUAUUUAUGUUUAGUUCCCAUUUGGUAUCUAAGUAACAAAUAUAGGCUACUGCAUCUUAAAUGGAAUUAGGAAACCGAUGAUUGGAAAUUACUAAACAAAUAAAGUAGUUUUCAAUCUAUAAACAAGCAGCAGUAGUAAAGAAACGAAAGAAGAAAUCAACAUAUUGAAAAUGCACGCUGAU